AUGAUUUUCACGAUCCGCCAGGCUUUAAAGGGUGCCAGCAAGGCCACCAAGACCACCAAGGAGCAGGACGACUUGGAGGCGUUGUUCACAGUGGACACCAAGGGGUCGUUUGAAGGAGUUUCAGCAGCGUCGCGCCGUGACUUGGCGCGGCAGAAGAUCUUCCGUGAGAAGGGGCCCGAUUUGGGCAUCACGGGAUCAGAAGAGGCCAAGGUGGAGCGAACGAUGCAACGCCUGGCGAAUAGGCAGCCAGAGAAGCCGAAAGGUCCUGAGGUCUUUGACCUUUGGUCCAUGCCCACCAAGGCGGAACAGUGGAAGGCGGAGAAAGAAGAUGCCCAGUUGGGCGGCUUUCACAUCCGCAAGACCGCGAAGCCAAUGCCGGUCCACACGCCUCGGAGUAUGCAUCAGAAGGCGAGUUGUGCCCCUGCAGUGCUUCCAGCGCAUGAGGGGCAGUCGGUGAAUCCUCAAAGUGAAGCCUACGAAGAUUUGGCCUGUAUGGCAGCAGCCAAAGAGCUGGAAAAAGAAGAGGAGGCCAAGGUCCUGGAGAGGACACGUCGACCCAUCACGGCCGAGCUGAAAGAUGCCUUGGGGGAUGAAGCUGUGGACGCUAUGGAUGAUGUCACCCGAAUCGCAACGUACCGAAAGAUGUUUUGCUCCCAUGAAGCUCCAGAGCAACAGGAGGGAGAAUCGGAAGAAGCCUAUGAAAGAAGAGUCGCGAAGUUCAAGCGGAAAUCGCAGUCGCAAAAGAACAAAGAGCGGAAGCGGAAGUUCACCGACCAUCGCCAGGCACAGCUGAAGGCUCAGCAACGUCUGGAGAAAUCCGUGGGAGAAGUGGGCGCCAUUCUGCGGGACCUGAAAGAGGAGGAGAGGCUUCGAGAGGAGCGAAGAGCGUACCGUUUGGCCAUGCGGCAAGAGAGGAAAAGCUUAGAAGCGACUGGAGGUGUCAUGGACCCCACUACCAGGUUGGGCAGAGGAAAAGCUCCUACCGAGGACUUGACCGUGCCUGACGAGGAACGAGCUGGUAGUCUGAGACAAGUGCCAAUGAAGGCCAGUGCUGUGAAGGAUCGUUUGUCCUCCAUCCUUCGCAGAGGCUUGCUGCCUGCGCGAGCCGACUCUGCUCUGGAGGGCGCGAGCCGAAAAAAGAAGUCCUUGAGAUGGCGCCACAAAAAGAGGAUUGUGUCGCCCCUAAAGCGCGACAAUAUGGUCAUCAGAUGAUGGCUGUUUGGCUGCUGAAAUCUGCUGAAUACUUCUCCGAUGUCUUGCAACAGGGACAACGUUCCGGAAGUUCUGCAUCCUGCGAAGCAGGAUGUGGAGAUCAAC